AUGUCUACUUCCAUCGAACUCGGCUCGAAUGCUCUCCAGCCGAUCAUUUCGAGCGGUGGUGGUGUCUACUCCAAGAGAAAGGGACAAAAGAGCAUCGACAUCCCAGCAGCGGUCGAUGGUAAGAUCGUGGAGGAGGAUGAUUCCAUCAUCGAGAAAGACGUGGUCGAUGAGCGCGAUGUGAGGAAGAAGCAGUUGUUCAGCCGAUUCCAGACGUUAUGGCUUGCAUAUCAGUCCAUUGGUGUCAUUUACGGUGACAUUGGUACCAGCCCUCUAUACGUCUUCUCGUCUACCUUCAGCGGGAACCCAAGCUACGAUGACCUGGUUGGCGCCUUGUCACUCGUUAUCUGGAGUCUGACUAUCAUGGUGACAAUCAAGUAUGUUUUGAUUGUCCUAUUUGCCGACGAUGAAGGUGAAGGAGGAACCUUCGCUCUCUUUACCCUAAUAUCGCGAUAUGCACACCUCAUCGAGCGCGAUCCCCGAGAAGAACGGUCCAUCAAAAUGGAGCGUUACAACACCAAUGAGAUGCAUCGGCCUAACAAAACCUUGCGAUCCUUAAUAGAGCGCAGUAACAUCAUGAAGUGGUUUUUCAAAGUCGUGGCGGUAGGUGGCGUGGGCCUCCUUAUGGCUGAUGGUGUUCUAACUCCAGCUCAAUCUCUCCUGGGUGCCAUUCAAGGAGCUACUGUUGUGAACCCAAACAUUGGUUCUAACGUCGUGAUUGGUGUGUCCUGUGCGAUUAUCGUCUUGGUUUACGCUGUUCAACCAUUUGGCACGGGAAAACUGGGCAUAACAUUUGCACCUAUUGUCAUUAUAUGGCUGAUGUUCAACUUCGCGUUCGGAGUUUAUAACUUGGUGCAUUACGACGCCUCGGUCUUCAAAGCCUUCUCCCCAUAUUUCGCCGGAGCUUUUCUCGUCCGUAAUGGCCACAACGGUUGGAUGCAGCUCGGUGGUAUUCUCCUGGCCUUUACAGGUGUGGAGACCUUGUUUGCCGACCUAGGUGCUUUUAACAGACAGGCCGUUCAAAUUUCAUGGUGCUGUUACGCCUAUCCGUGCCUUUUGAUGGGGUAUAUCGGACAAGCCGCCUACAUCAGUGUCAUCCCCAGCGCAUGGGAAAAUCCUUUCUACCUGACGGUUCCACCUGGAAUGCUCUGGCCCAGUUUGAUCUUCGCAGUUCUCGCCUGCAUCGUCGCCAGUCAAGCUGUUAUCACAGGCGCUUUCCAGCUCCUGUCCCAAAUUAUGAAACUGUCCUACUUUCCUCAGCUUAAGGUGGUGCACGUAUCCAAGUCUCAGCAUAACCAGAUCUAUAUUCCGUUCGCAAAUUGGGUCCUCAUGAUUGGAACAGUCAUAGUGACUGCGGUUUACACCAAUACCACUAAUCUCGGCCAUGCCUAUGGCGUUUGCGUUAUCCUGGUCACCUUUCUGACCACUAACAUGGUCUCCUUGGUUGCUCUCAUUGUGUGGCGGCUACCUAUCUACAUUGUACUCCCUGUCUAUAUCGUCUUUGCGCUGUGGGAUGGGAUGUUUCUGUCCGCUUCACUGACAAAGAUUCCUCUUGGUGCAUGGGUCACUCUCAUGAUUGCCGGUGUGCUGACUUCCAUCUUCGUUAUUUGGCGCUAUGGCAAAGAAGAGCAAUGGAAGGCAGAGGCCGCGGACAACGUGCCUCUGUCCCAGGUCGUCCGCUUCCAAUCUGAUCUUGAGAAUGAGGAGUCUCUUCAGCUUCAAUUGAUAGAAGGUCUCGGCCAGGCCCCUAUCUACCAGACUGAUGGGCUCGGCAUCUUCUUCGACAAAGCCGGGAGUCAAGCCGUUGCUCCGCAUGUCCUGGUGCAAUUUCUCCAGAAAUUCAGGGCUACUCCUAAAUUCAUGGUUCUUUUUCACCUACACCCCCUCCCGGUGCCAACAGUGGAACCUGAAUAUCGAUACACAGUCUCCCGCUGCUUCGCCAGCCGGGCUAACGGCCAAGGAAAAGCGCCUAUUCCUCACUGCUUUCGCCUGGUGGUGCGCUACGGAUACACCGAUGAGGUCAUCACGCCCAACCUGGGUAAGCUCGUCACAGAUGCCGUCCGUACCUUCCUACUUGGUGAAGAUCAGGCCAGAGAUGAGAUUCGGCUCUCGCUCAAGGCUCUGGACCGUGCCUAUAAUGACCAGGUCACUUAUAUCGUGGGGAAGAACCAGCUGUGUAUCAAGAAAGGUACCAACUUUUUCCGGUGGGCAGCCUUAACUGCAUUCGUUUGGAUUCGUUCGAUCACCUCUGCUAAGGUGCAACGUCUAAAUGUCGAGGUUGACCGUCUGGUUGAAGUGGGAUCUUUACGGGAAAUUUAG